AUGUCUCCCAGCGAGGAGACUAGACGCCCCGCCAAUGCAGGUUGGGGUGAGAACCGCCAUCAUGAGAACAGCCAUCUUUUGCGGGCUGGGCUGCUCUCACAGAUCUAUGAAAUUUCUCGCUCAUCCGUGAACGCUAAACAAGGCCUCAAUAGCAUCAAACACCUGAUUGAAUGUCAUGGUCGGAAAAAGAGCGUGGAGCCAGUAGCUUCAGCUACUUCUCAGAUGACCACUCAUCACAUUAGUCCGCUGACGCCACCUCGUAGCACAUCUGACGAUACGUCGGCGGAAACUUACAGCACUGAAGCUUCCAUCCGUGAUAGAGAUGACAGCACUGAAGAAAGUGAGAGUCGUAGCCCCUGUGAUGAAGACGGCGACACAAAUAGGGGGUUUCUGGCAAGUCUCGCGGAAAAACAAGCGCAAAGCAGUCUCAGAGAAGAUACUGAAAACUUGUGGAACGAGUUCUCUCUCGAAGAAGAAUUAGAAGGGAUCGCAGAUGCCCCAGCACAAGAUCGCGCUGUUAUGCGUGCGGCGAUGCAUGAGAGAGAAAAGGCACGCAAAAAAUGGCUACAAGAGUCCGCAGCUGAGAAGCGACGAAUUGCUGAGAGAGAGGGCCUGAAACUGCAAAAGGCAUUCAGAAAUGCAGCAUUCAGUGCUCCUCCAGAUUCGCCUGCACAGCACAAGGACUGCUCUAGUGCAGCUCAAGUGUUCACGACUGCGACUGCCGCUGCUCCCCAGGCAUUUCCUACUUCAAGCAAAAGCUCUAGUGAAGUCCAUGUCGUCGCCAGAAAAUCCAUGGUUGAAGACGAUGACGACGAUGAAGAUGGUGAGAAACGCACUGGUCAACAAAUCAGUCGCUGGCAAUCGUCUGACAAGCCCAAAGAGGCGACUUCUCCAGUCAUCAUUAGCAUCACAGGGUCCCCCACCCGAAACGUCGACAGAUUUGGUAUUGAGUUCGCACCCGAAAAUCUGGCCAACAAUUUUAAUAAGGAGAAUCACCGGCGUUCAAUUCUCAUCCAGAACAUACCGCACAGCUUUACCAGGGAACAUUUCGGGCACCCCGCUUCCGGAAAAGGGGUAAGCGUCUCUCUUCUACCAAUGCCCACAUACCCAACUCCUGAAUCGCUGGCAUACGAAGGAGGUGAAGCAGUCAGCCCCCCCGGACUACCGAGGCAGACACGCUGCUUGCUGAUUGACAGCUUUCCGAAGAAAUUCGUCAAUGAGCUCUGUAUCGAGCUCCUCUUAGAUGUCCGCCACACCCCAACGAAAAUUCAGACUUUGGAGGAGAUGUGGUUCGAAGAUGACACCCUGCACAUCAACUUCACCAGCAUUCGAGAAGCGGUGAAAGCAUACAACACUGUCAAGUACUUUUACUUUGGCAAGUUUAGUAUGAAUGCACGGUUCGGAGUCGAUCCUUGCUCUCUACCAAUUUUAGAGAAGGUCGAUGCAGUUGGCAACAUUAAGUUGGCAAGCCACGGUUGCGUUCGGCUCAAGUCUCUCAUUGAAACAGUGGGGCUGGCGGCAUACUCGCGGAGCCAUCGCGACGAACAUGACCAUAGUGUCAGCAAUGCCCUCUCACACAAAGCAGAGGAAGAAGGAAAACACAGUUCGAAGGUUUCUGCUCUUCUCGCUGGUGAUACCGCAGCUGCAAACAAGCCAAGCACAAUGGGAAUCGCGACGACCAUGCCAUGGACCGAAGAGCUGAUGAAGGGCCUCGAGCUUUUCUGA